GUAGGAAUAGAAACCGGCUUCAUUGCGGCGGGUUUGAGUCUGCUGCAACUCUGACGGUUUGAAGCAGCUCAGUGUAAUUAUAGCUCUAAUUAUAACUAAAUAACAAUUUUACAUAUUUAUUGUUAACCUGAGGACUUAUCUUAGUGGAAGUAAUAAACGGUAAUAAAAUGCUCUUAAUGAGAUCAGUGAGUAAAGCAGCAUGGCAUCUCCGCCUGACUCCAGCAUGUGGGUGUAAAGUCCUUUUUCUCUCUUUGAGGACCAACAGUGUCAUAUCAUGCCAAGUGACCUCAUCUGAUGCCACGUUUCCCUCCAUCUCCUUCCCAGAGACUGACUACCCCAAGGUUCUUAUUACAGGAGGACUGGGACAACUGGGGGUGGGUCUCGCUACACUGCUUAGUUUCACCUGUAGGAAAAAAAUUGGAAACAAGAAUGUAAUUCUUUCUGACAUCAGGAUGCCCCCAAAUCAUGUUUACCAUAGUGGUCCUUUUAUCUAUGCUGAUAUUUUGGACUACAAGAAUUUACGGGAGAUUGUUGUGAACAAUCGUAUCACUUGGCUGGUGCAUUACAGUGCCCUUUUGAGUGCAGUUUGCGAGGCAAAUGUGACUCUUGCUCGUGAUGUCAACAUAACUGGAUUGCACAAUAUCCUUGACAUUUGUGCAGAACAUGGAGUUCGCCUAUUUGUUCCUAGCACAAUUGGAGCUUUUGAACCGACAUCCCCUCGAAACCCCACACCAGAUCUGUGCAUUCAACGCCCAAGAACCAUAUAUGGAGUGUCCAAGGUCCAUGCAGAGCUGAUAGGAGAGUAUUACCAUCACAAAUAUGGCCUUGACUUCCGUUGUCUGAGGUAAACAGGCAUCAUCUCAUCAGACGAACAACAGACUAUGCUGUCCAGAUCUUUCACGAUGCUGUUAAAACAGGCACAUUUGUGUGCAACUUGAAGGCUGACACACGCCUCCCUAUGAUGUAUAUUGACGAUUGUCUGAGAGCUACACUGGAGAUGAUGGAGACUCCUGCUGAGACGCUUAGCAUGCGUACCUACAACAUCAAUGCCAUGAGCUUUACUCCUGAAGACCUUGUUCAGAAGCCGACAGUUGGCCCAUGAACUUUGAUGACAGCAACGCGAGGAAAGAUUGGGGCUGGAAGCAUGAAUAUGAGCUACCAGAACUCGUCCAGACAAUGCUGAACUUUAUCUGCACUAACGCCAGACUCACACAUUCUAACUGAACAUCAUGAUUCAGUUACAACAAUGUGCACAGUCAGGCACAAUAUCCAUUGUCCAUUAUAUUACAUGACAGUAUCCUGAAUCUUGCUGGACCACUGCACCAAAAUAUGCUGAAAGUAAAGUUAGGUGACUUAAAAUAGGGAAAUACUUUCUAGAUACUUGGAAUGUAGACCUACCGGUAGGUGAAUUGUGAACAUGCUAGAACAAACAACUGCUAUAUAUGGAACAGAUAAAGCUCAGAUAUCCAUUAAACACUGAGGACAAACAGUUUUUUCUAAUUAAAACACUCAUACAUUACUAUGCUUACACAGUUUGACCAUUUUAU